AUGUCCGAAGUCGCAUCAAGGUCGUCCGCCACGCGUGGCAGAGGCUCUGGCCGAGGCGGUAGAGGAGGUUUCGCCGGUCGAGGCGGCCGCUCCAGAACCAAUGGCGACAAGUCAGACCACAAAGACGAAAACCUCGGUGCAUUCGAAGACGAAGGCGAGUUCGCCGAGCUCCGCAAGAAGUAUGGCGAUAAAACAUCUGUCAUCCGCGAGAUGUUCCCCGAUUGGUCCGAGGCCGAUGUUCUUUUUGCCCUCCAAGAGACAAAUGGUGACGAGAACGAAGCUGUCGCACGCAUUGCUGAAGGCAACAUCUCCCAGUGGGGCGAGGUCUCAAAGCCAAAGAAGACUGCCCGCACAAAGGCGAAGGACACGACGACUGCCCCUGCCGGCGAGUCGACCACGUCGGCCUCCCGAUCUGCCCGUGGCGGACGGGCCGUCUCUGAGGGCGGCCGUGGUCGAGGACGGGGUACUGAUAGAGGUGCUCGUGGUGCCGCCGGCCGUGGCCGCUCAUUCCAGCCCAGCACCAAUGGCACGCGUAACAAGGAAAACCAGCAGCUCUCGGUCCCUACUGAGGAAUCCUCUGCCUGGGAUAAUGCCAAAUCGAAAGACGACAAGCCUGAGCUCAAGAGUACUGUUGCGGAGAAGUCUGCUCCCGUCGAAACUGCUAAGCCAGCAGCUCCCGCAGCCAAGACGUGGGCCAGCAUGUUGCGCCAGUCAACCACUCCCAAACCCGCGCCUGUUGCUCCCAAGGAGGUUCUUGCCCCGAAGCCUGCUGAUCUUGAAGCUCAGCUUGUAUCCGAGCCCGCCCCAGCCGAACCCGAAGCCAUUGAGCCCGUAGAAGAAGAGACUACCCCUGUGGCUCAAAGCGCUGUCCCCGUCCAGGCCCCCGUUACUACCUCUGAACCUGAAGCUGCUCUGCCCCCAACCAAAGACGAGCUUACCGAGACAAAUCUUGAACAGGUUGUUGAUGCCUCUAAUCCACCUGCAACUGGCACAGCUGCUAGCACCGCUGCUGACUCUUGGGACCCGCGACAGAGCCCCGUUAGUGCUUCCGCUACACCCAUCUCGGCUGCUCACCAGCAGCAUCAGGCUCAGCGAUCUGCUGCAAGCGGAUAUGCUGCGUCGGCGAUCAAGGCAACUACUGAACGAUCUUCUCGUGGCCCUAGCUUUCAACGACGAGUUUUGGACCAGGAAGAGGCUGUUCGUAUGCCAGGCAACCGCGAGGUGGAUCGAGCUGCUGUUAAGUUCGGGGCUUUCAGCCUGAAUGACGGUGACGAGGACGUUGAUGGCGAGCGUGAGGAACCAGAGACUCGUGCUCAGCCCCCGGCCGACUCUCCUGUCGCUCAUCCUCGUGCCUCUCUCCCUCCUGUGUCUCAGCCUGUCGCCGUUCCAGAACCAUUCUCUCAGAAGACUGCUGGCGCCGUACCCUCGGCCGUCACCGGAGCAGUUCCCACAGCUCCCGCUGCUGCUCAGGCUUCUGCUGCUGCUGCGACUCAACAGUACGGCCGAUUUGGUCCUCCCGACACCGCCACUGCUGCUGCUACACAAAAGCCUCUCGAUCCGUUCAACGCCGCCCAGCCUACUCCCUCCUCCCAACCCCAGUUCGACAGCUUUGCCGCCCAGACUACACAGCCUCAAGUUCAGCAGCCUGGUGUAGCUUUUACCUCUGCCCCAUCCGACUACUCCAACUACUACACUGCCAAUCAGCAAGAACGAAACCCUUACAAUGUUUACGGACAGCAGUACGGCGCUCAGCAAGCUGCCCAUGGCCAGCAUGACGGCGUUUCUCAACAGCGUCCAUUUGCCGGCUACAAUGUUGCCGAUAACCUUAGCCAAUACCCGCAGAGUGGCUCUCUGCACAAUCAACCUCGAUUUGGUGGUUCAAAUGACAGCCAAAACAGCGGCCACUCAACUCCCAAUCCCGCAGCUCAGGCUCAGCAGCAAGGUCAGCAGGCUCAGCAGGCUCAGCAAACCCAGCAAACCCAGCAGCCUCAGCAGGGGGCACCUGGCUCGCAGCCUCAGUCUCAUGGCCAGUACCCUGGAUACAAUCAUCCUUAUUAUAGCAACCCUUACUAUCAUCAGUACUACUCCGGCUACGGACAAGGCGGUUUUGGUCCUUAUGGCGGCAAGGGCGGAAUGUAUGGCCAACCUUAUGGAAUGUCUCCCAAUGCGCCAUAUGACCAUGCUUCGUCUCCCAGCACAUUUGGCGGCCCAUCCUCACUUCAUCGUGAUAGUAGCCUUGGCUCUGGCCUCGGCGAGUACGGCCGCGCCGCAUCUGGUCAGGCGGGUAGCCAGCCUGGUUUGGGUGGCAGCAGCUUUGGCGGUGCUCACGACAGCUUUGCUCGUGGCGCCUCCUCUUUCCAAUCUCAGAACCAGUCCUUCAACAGCCAGAACCAGCCCCCGGCCUCGGGCUCCGCUGACGACUUGAAGCCUUUCGGUGAUAGCAAAACGGCGGCCUCCGGUCCCUCUCCUUCUCUUGGCGGCGGACCUCGUCCCGGAUCUGCUACCAACAAUGCCCCGAGUGGCCAGAGCGGCCUCCCUCCUCCUCAGAAUUCCCAGAUGGGCGGAGCCUAUGGCGGUUAUCCCAGCCACCUGCAGGGACACAACCUUCAUGGUAGUGCCUACGGAAUGGGCGCGGGCGCGGGAGCCAGCCAACACGGCAACACUCCCUACGGCUCCUACGGACAGGGUUUCGGCAGCGGUGGAUAUUACGGAGGUGGCCAGCAGCAGCGUGGCGGCUGGGGCGGAAACUACCAUUAG